AGAUAAUUCGUUAACACAGGCCAGCAAGGAUUUUGAUAACGGUGAUCAAAUGCAUACUAACAUCAAUGAUACAUUAGGAUUGAAUUUCGAAAUGGCGCUCUCGCCCAAAAUAAUCGCUACGUCUUCUCAUCCACAAAACCGAGGAGCUUGUGAUUGGGGUUGGUCAGGUCUUCUAGCGCAUGGGUCACAUCAGUAUAUUGUGGUGGCGGAUCCCACUUCUUCGCAGGUCACCCAGGUGCUUGGCGUGCAUAAAGGACUUGUUACUUGUGUUAAAUGGAAACCAGAAGACAUACACCAUGAUGUUGUCGUCAAUCCUUACACGCUAACUCUGGCAGCAGGUGACACACACGGUGACGUCAUACUGUGGAACGUCACGAAAGGGGAACCCAAAUCAACCUUUGUCAGGAAAGGUCGAGUCGUACAAGACAUAACUUGGAUUACAAACCAGGAAACAAGUGAGGCAGCCAUUCUCGUAUUAUACAACAAAGGUUUGGUCAUUAUGUGGGACUUUCUGACGUCAUCACAACUUUGGCAAACUUCGUUUACGGAACCUAUAUCGAGUAUAUGUAUUGAUCCAUUCAACAAAUGUAAUGCUGUUUUUCUUUGUGAAGACAGCAAUAUUUUGCUGGUAGAGGAUCUUCAUCCAAAAGCGGCACCCUCUCAGAAAUAUAGACGGAUCAGCUUUUACGGCACCGCUGGACCCUGUCAGGAAGUUUCACCCCCUGGAUAUGAGUCCGCGACUAUGCGAAGAAACUCGUCUUCCCUUAACAAGUUCAUCAACAUGACGACGUCACUCAUUACAGGCACUGCUGAAUCCAGGUCAAGCAGCAGGAAAAGCAUGUCCGAGGAAGACCGAUCGUUCCAGCAACAAUGCCUACAGGUUGUCCAUCAUCCGGGAAUUCGUCACGUGAUCUUCAUGGUGUAUCCAUCUCAAGUAGACAUCAUAGACACCGAAGUUUGCAUUGUCAUGGCAACUAUUCGUCUAGAUUCCAAAUCGUCCUACUUUGUUCGGGUGUUGCCAUGUAAACAGAAGGAUGCCCUGUACUGUCUGCACGAGAAUGCAUGCAUCACCAUCCGUGUACGACGCCAGGACAAGUCCCACUGUACAUUCAACGAAAGUCAGGUGUCAACCCCAUCCACACCUGUCUUGCCAGGAUGUAACGAAUCAGGGGCAGACAAAUCCGACAUAACAUACGAUUUGAUCUGGCAGUCGGACUCGGUGCGCUUAAGUAACCAGAGUACUGUGUAUGGCUUUGGUCUACAUCCGGUUACCGAAGCGGGUGCGGCACUAAUAUUCAGCGAUGGAAAGAUUAUUCUUUGGGAACUAGUUAAUACCAGGAUCUAUGGUUUGGUACUCAAAGAUAUGUUUCCAGGAUUGAGUAAAAAAGGGCAGAAAAAUACAUUGAUGAAGGAGAGUCGAUUUCUCUUGACCGGAAUGGUUAAGGGAUUUCCGUCCCACAUCUGCACAAUUAGAUCUAACCUGCUGGAACAGGUGACCACGACCAAUAACCCGGGCUGCAAAGCAAAGGACUCGCUGCUGGCUCUUGGCAUGGAAAAUGGUGGUAUAUCACUACUCAACAUACAAACAGGCCAGAUUGAGAGAGAAAUCAGUGUACAUUCUGAUUCAGUCAAGGGCAUUGAGUGGAUAAAUCAGAACAUUCUCCUGUCGUGGACGUGUUCAAAGAGCGGAAACUCGCCUACAUGUACAACAGGCCGAAACGAAGUGUUUCUAACCUGGAUCCGGUCAGGUUUAGUAGAACUUUUCAGGUAUCGACAAAAGCUAGAAAGUUUGAUUACAAAUAUCAAAGUCUCUCCUCUGAGGCAGUAUGUUGUGAUCGCUUUCAAAUCACAGCCUUUGGAAGUAUGGUGCAUACAAACCAAAUCCUUGUUGAGAGAACUGCCAGCCAGCUUCCCACACCCGAGAGCUCUGACAUGGGCUCCUCUCUGUAGUUGGAAGACCGUGGUGAGACAGUUGAGUCAGAGUGUAAUGAACAAGGACAUCACAGACAUGACACAGGCAGAUAUAACAAAUCUAUUACAUGAUAAGGAGUACAAGAAAAUUGCAAGAGAGCAGUGUGUUUUGGCGGACAAGGACGGGACCAUAUGUAGGAUUACCUUGGAGGAAAGAGCUGUGUGGGAUAUUACUAUAUAUCCUCCUGAGGUAAAUGGCAUGUCGGCAGUUACCCAUAUAGCUAUGAAAGAUGACAUGUUGAUUUUAGGAGACGCAACGGGUGUGCUAUGUCUGUGGAAUCUCACCGAAAAAAAACUAAAAAGCGUCCCUCGGUCGGGUGACAAACCAUACCCGGGACUGAAGGCAAUCCUGUUCAAUCCCAGCACCAGAGACCACUUUUUCGCUGUCCUGUACGAUCAGGGGGUGGAUAUAUGGCUGUUCUCUCAACAUCACGACAAGUUGAAACUUCUUGGAUCUGUGAAGCACAGUAAGAAUAUGCCAAAGGUCAAAUUAUUAGAGUGGGCGGAUCUUAAUCAUGUCUCCAUGGUGAUGGAUGACGGAUCUAUCCACGUGGUAGAAUUUGCGUCAUCAAAAGUUACAAGCUCAUGGAAUCAACGAAAUACGAUCGACACUGUGUUUUGUCCCCAUACUCUCCCUGUACAAGGCUCGCUGAUUCUGAAGCACCUUCUACAAAAUGCUACAAGGUCAUCGAUGGAAUAUCGCCUUACCGCUGAUAAAGCGUAUUUAAAAAGAUAUAUUGACACGCAGCUGGAACUCAUCAACAGAGAAACAUUAAACCUUUUAACGAAUGAAAAGUAUGGCACAGCAGAGCGAUGUCUAACAACAGCACGAUUAUUCGGAGACGAGUUUGACGUUAACUUUUGGACUACAGCCCAGUACUUUUUAAACCAUGAGAAAGAUGAGCGUAACAAUUCUCGGAAAGAUCACCAGCUUAUUUCUGUCGGUGAUGAAGCACUGACAGACAACGGAAGUGCAUGCUACACUGAUCACAGCUGUAGCGAGGCGUAUCUGGACUGUCUCCGACCUCAAUCUUGCUAUGUGAAACAACAAUUUCACAGAGUCGAGCAACACAACAAGAAAAGAAAAUCACAAGCGAAUAGGCACAGAUGUAUACAGAAAUUUACAAUGAUGGGAAGACUCGAGGAAGCGACUAAAAUUCUGCUGGAAACGGAUUUUCAUUCCGGGUCAUACCGAGAGGACUAUCUGCAAGCAUGUCUGUUGUCCAGUGAUAGAACAAAUAGCACAGCACAGAGCACACUAAAACUUGUCGCAACUCAUCUGAUCAUUUCUGGAAACUUAGAAGAGGGCGUGGUGAUUUUGUGUCUGCUGGAUAAAGUGUUGGAUGCAUGUAGAUACCUUCAGACUUAUAACCAGUGGGAAGAGGCAGCCUGGCUUGCUAAGGUGAUGUUGAACGAGAAAGACUGUGAAGAAGUAUUUUUGAAGUGGAUAGAACAUUUGACAUCAACUAAACAGAUGCUACAUGCAAUUUACAUUAUGAUGUCGCGGUCAAAAUUCGAUGACGUCUUGAAAACGCUUCACUACAUUGGGUAUAUAGAGACGGCGGCUUGCUUUCUCAAAGCCUCUCAAGAAAUAGGAUUUCAAUUGACAAAAGACGAAGCUGAAACUGUUAUGGAGAAGUACCAUUCACACGUCGAGCGAUUGGGCCUGCAGAUUUAUACAAACUGAACAUUCCAUAGAUUUGUUAACUUGAAAAGGACAAUCAUUUUGCGAGAUAUAUUUUCAAAGACUUGAAAAGAGCGAUGUUGACUUGAUCAGAGUAUUAAAAAUUGCUUGUUAAUUUAUUGA